AUGUCCGAGGCCGCCGGAAAUCUAAACAGCCUGCGCAUGGCGAACGUGGCCCUGCGAGAAGAAUUAAAUGCCCUUCGCGGGGAGAAUGCCAAUCUGGGCCUUCAGCUCGGAAGAGCCCUAGCCGAGGUUAACUCCUUGCGGGGCAAUGUAUCGAGCUACAUCCGCUGGCCGGUGCCGGUGGUGCCCGUCCUUGCCGAGGAGAACUUUGAGUUCCCGCUCAGCGAGAUCGACGCAGUUCCCGAGGGGGAGCUGCCUUUCUUGUGCUGGCCUCCCCCUCGCGCCGAGCCCGAGUACGCCUCGGACGAACUGUUGAUUAGCGUGAUCCAGGACUGCGGUACCUCCGACGCGCCCGUCGACCCCCCCCCGCUGGCCAUCCCGCCCCCGCCGGCGCUGCCCCCGCCCCCAGCCAAGGAGCUGCCGGCGCAGCCUCCUCUGCCGCCGCUGGAGCGGCCCGAGUUAGAGCCCUUCUCGGGCGACCCGGUCUACCUGGCCGAAUUCCUGAUGAAGCUAGAGACUUUCAUAGCUGACCACGAGGAUCAUUUCCCCGGGGGCGCCGAGCGGGUGGCCUUUCUGAUCUCCUUUUUCGCGGGCCAAGCCAAGAACUGGGCCAUCUCAGUCACCCGGGAAGGAAGCCCCCUGCGUGCCAACUUCCCACGCUUCCUGGAUGAGAUCCGCAAGGAAUUCUGCGGCCCCAUCCCCCCAAGCGUGGCUAAAAAGGCCAUCCGCAAGCUCAAGCAGGGCCACUGUACCCUAGGCAGCUAUGCAGAUGCUUUUCAGUUCCUGGCCCAGUUCUUGUCUUGGGAUGACUGCCGCCUUCAAAACCAAUUCCUUAAAGGCCUGUCAGAAUUCUUCCGCAAGGAACUCUUAUGGUCCACCGAAAUGGCCGACCUGGAUGAGCUGAUUCUCGAGUGUGUGGAGAUAGAGCGAAAGGUGCGCGUCCCCAAGCCGAUCCCGCUCCCUGGGGUCCGCAACAUCUUCUUCCCUUUUGCCGCGGACCCUAACGAAGACAGCGAUGAGGAAGAUUUCCACAGUGACGAAGAUGAAGAGACACGCAGGCGCAGGCUUUACGACAGGGAGCAGCGGAGGCGCGUGAGAGCUAUUCAGGAGGAGGCGAGGGAGGAGGAGGAGAAGAGGAAGAAGCAGGAAGAGAUGAGGAAGAAGCAGCUGGAGGAGAUGAAGAAGAAACUGGAAGAGAAGGAGGACGAGGAGGACGAGGAGGACGAGGAGGUGGACGUGGACGAGGAGGUGGACGUGGAGACAGUCAAGGAUGAAGAGAACAAGGGUGAAUUCGUGUGCCCCGUCCCACAGCCAGAUCCCGACGCCGACCAGGAGGGGGACCAGGAGCCGGAACCAGAGUCAGAGGAUGAGACCCAAGACGAGGACCUGGACGAGAUGAUGGAGAUGGAGCCGACUGUUGCCCACGCUUCAUCCCAGACCACUGGCUACUACCACGAGAAUUUCCUAGAUGCUUCGCCGCCCAUAGUACAGCCCAGCAGGAGGAGGAACCAGAAUCGCGUCCCGCUCCUGGAGGGCCUUCCGGGCACUAAUUCGCCGUUCUACAGUUCGCCCCCACUGAUUCGCCGCGCAGGUCGUCUGGGGCAACGCCAGAUUCGAAGGCGUCCCCCCGUGCUGUUCCGCCUCACUCCGAGACAGGGGGGCCACCGGGCCGCCCGCGGCCGAAUUCGCGUGUGAGAGCUGGGGCGAGCUCGCCGCGCAGAACACACCCUUCUACAGCGUCCCCUGCCCCUGCUAUCGCUGCCACGCCUGCCCUAUUUGCCGACCAGUCCUUGAGGGAGUUCCAGACCUGUAGAGCCCGAGGAAGACCUACAGAACUCCAGAUCGUCUUGCGACCGUGACCAGAGAGUGACACGUGUCCAGGCAAGGCCACCCGAGAAAGAAGGGAUCAGCAGUAGCUGUCCUCUUGGAGUGCGCUCUGCUCAGUCCUGCCACAAGCUAGAGAGCAGGUUUCGGGGCCUGUUCCCAUAAAAGAACUGGUCGCCCUCUUGUCAUUUCCCCUCUAGUUGUUCCUAACCCUCACCUCUCCUGCGUUUAUUCACCCUGUGUUCUACGGUUUUAUCCUCGGACUGGCUCACCAGGACUUCACCCAAUGCCUCACUGAUCUGCCCCCAUGAGCGAAAGGACAGGCUACGCCGAACUCCUAAAGCCACUGAGGCCACUGACUCGAUAAAAUGGACAGAGAGCAGGAUGGUAUCAAGAGAUGUACGAGAAGCUGACA